AUGGAAGCUAAGUGUGGCUAUUGUGGCGUACAGGCUAAAUUAAAGUGUGCUGGUUGCCAGCAAGUACAUUACUGCAAUUCUGAUCAUCAGAAGAAACAUUGGCGUGCGAAGCACAAACAUGAAUGCGAUAAACCAUACGAGCUAACGAGGAAUGAUGGCAUUGGCCGGCACAUUGUAGCAACAAAGGUGAUUCAAAAGGACACCGUGCUGUUUUCGGAAAAACCGUUGGUCAUAGGUCCUAAAUGGAAUUUGGACGAAUACGAGCAACGAUCCACUAUCGUACCGUGCAUUGGAUGUUUUGCUGACUGCAGCUUGGGACAAUUUUACUGUGAACUUUGUCGGUGGCCAGCGUGUAAACCAAACUGUCCUGGAUUGAUUAACACAAACUUGCAUUGUCUCGAGUGUGGAAUAUUACGAUUUGGCCGUCCACCGAAACCUGGCGACGAUCCGGAAACUUUCUUUGACUAUUACCGAUACGAUGCAAUUUUGGUGUUAAAAUGUUUGGCGAUACAGAUUUGCAAUCCGAGUUUAUUCGAGCAAAUCACCAACCUCGACAGCCAUUAUGAGGCACGCAAAAACACUCGUUACUACGCUGAUGCGGACGAACGAAUCGUCUCCUAUUUGUUCCGCAACUUUCUGGAUCCGUUACAAACGCUGGAACGUAAAGAGGAUAAAGUCGUACUGAAGGAAUGCGAUCGGAAAACGGUGCACAUGAUCAGCGGAAUACUGGAGGUGAACGCAAUGGUUAUUCCUUUGUCGAAUGGUAGAGAAAUUUGUGGCCUUUACCCAAUGGGUUGCAUGCUAGAGCACAACUGUAUGCCAAACUCAUUCUACACAUUUGACUGUUCGAAAGGAAUGAAACUCACGUUCAAAUCAGGCCGGGACAUCCGAAAAGGGGAACAUCUAACGACCACUUACACACAUUCGUUGUGGGGAACGCAGCUUCGCAGGGACCAUCUGAGGACGAACAAAUACUUUGCCUGCAAAUGUGACCGCUGCUCUGACCCAACUGAGUUGGGCACAUUUUUGAGCGCGCUGCGCUGUAUGGGCAUAGAAAAUGCGCCUUGCGGAGGCUUCCAGCUACCGAUACAUCCGCUUAGCGAGACUAGCGAUUGGAAGUGUAACCAAUGUCCGGUACAAGUAUCAAACGAUCAAGUCAACUUUCUAAUGUCCAAAAUUGGGGAAGAGGUCGAUGAUGUGAUGGGUCGUAAAUCAUCAGUAAAGGAGUUCGAGGAUCUCAUUCACAAGCUGGACAAUUUUCUUCAUCCCAAUCAUUUUCACCUUCAAACACUAAAACAUUCGUUGAUUCAAAUGUACGGACAUUUCCCCGGCCAUCGUUUGCAUGAGCUUUCCGAUGCAGUGUUGCUUAGAAAAUUGCAAAUGUGCCGCGAGAUGAUGUCGAUCAUCGAUGUGUUGGACCCGGACUCGUUUCGAUUGACCCUAUACGCUGGAGUUGUAUUGUUAGAACAACAAGCAGCCUUGGUAGAACUGAACAAACGGCACAACCGUGCCGCAGAUUCCCUUGAAAAAUAUAAUCUCGGUGAAGCUGCACAGUGUCUGGUACGAGCUAAGUCCAUUUUGCAAAACGAAAUGGGAACACUUCAGGGUAAGAAACUUAUGGAGAAAAUAGAAAGGGCAUUUGAAAAUAUUAAUGCGCAAACUGAUAGUGCGUAA